AUGGGGAAUACGGAUUUCCUGGCUCAGAGCCGGGUGGAUCAGAUAGGGGGAGGUUCCGCGGGUAUGAGGGAUACAGGGGGAGAAGCGGAAGCUGGGGAGGGAUUGGCGGAGAGUGGAUCAGCUGCGGAGAGAGGAGAGGCUGAAGAGAGGAUGGGGGAGAGAUUGGCCAGUGAGAUAGAGACGGGGAGGGAGUUGCUGGGGAAGAGGGGGGUUUCAGGUGGAGAGGGUGGGAUGAAACAAGAAGGGGGUUUGAAAAAGGGAGAGGGGGUAAGCGAAGAGGAGUUGGAGAGGAAGAGACGGAUGAGAGAGAAGAAGCGGCGGAGGGUCCAGGAGAAGAAGGAGAAAGCGAGGCAGGAACGCGUGUUGGGGGAGACCGAGGCUGCAGCUGAGGCUCGGCAUCAGGCCAUCGAAGGGCUCCUUUCAGCAGCGUUUUCCGCCCUCUGUACGCGUUUGAAGCCGCCUCAAGAUGCGUCUAUUUGUUCACAGCGGGUCCUCCCUGAAAGAGCUCUAGAGCCCGCCCUGCAACGAGAUGUGUGGCUGUCUGAGGGAUCGCGGUUGCACCUCGGCCUGCAGGAGACUGGGGAAGAUGCUCGCUUCGUCUUGCCUCCGCAGUCCCGGUUCCUCAUUUCGGCACCUCCUCUCCCUCCCUGUUCCUUGCCUCGCGUCGAGGGAACGUGGCGCAGUGAUGGCACUGUGGGUGACCAACAGGGAGAGGCUGAGACAGUUCGUGGAAAGAGAACUGCUGCCCGUGUGGGGGGCGCGGCACGUGGCAACGUGGUAUUGGCUGAAGGCCUGCUAGUUGCGGUCACUGCAUCCCUUUUAAACCUCUCUUCACCACACCAAACCGCGCUUCCUGCUGCACUUAUUGCCCAUGCACACGCUGUGCGGCAUGCCAGGAAGAGCCCUGGUUUCCGGGACGGUGGAAAUGAGAGCGAGGAAAUGGAGGAGAGAGAGGAGAGGGAGGAGGAGAGAGAGGAGAGGGAGGAGAGAGAGGAGAGGGAGGAGGAGAGUGAAGAGAGAGAGGAGAUAGAGGAGAGGGAGGAGGCGAUAGAGGAGAGGGAGGAGGUGGGGGAGGAGGUGGGGGAGGAGGAGCAGAGGGAGGAGGUGAGGGCAGUGGAGCUGUUUGCACGAGACUUGGAGGCAGGGUGGACGUCAUGGGGCAACGAGCCCCUUAGGUUCCAGCACCACCUAUACUUCCGCUCGUGCGUGUAA